CCCAAGUGAAAAGUUGUAAAAAAAAGUUAACAUAAAAGAUCAGUUCUUGAGUUGAUGGGAUUCAAAUCCUUCAAGGUUGUCACCUUUGAUAUAGUAUUCGAGCAGGAGGACGAUUUCGACGACGAGUUUGGUGGUGUCAAAUUCGGCCGCAGUAUGAUGUCCCUAGUGACCUUGUUUGGGGGGUUGAAGAAUGUUUUUAAGGUCAAAGCUUAUUCAACGGAUAACUUUCUCUUUAGAUUACAUUAUAAGGUAACUAUGGGUCUACUCCUUGGUUGUGCUCUGUUGAUAACAGCAGUUCAGCUAGUUACUGAUCCUAUCAUCUGCGAUGUUAAGGGAGUACAUGCAGGUAUUUUUAAUGCUUACUGUUGGACACAUGCUACAUUUACUCUUCCUUACAGGCAGAAAGGAUUUGAUGGCCCUAAAAUACAGCCUGGAGUUGGUCCCCUUAAACCAGGGGUAGACUCACAACAGGAAGCAGUCUACCAUGGAUUCUACCAGUGGGUUGGGAUGGCACUGUUUGGACAGGCGCUAACAUUUUAUAUUCCGCACUUCUUGUGGAAAACAUGCGAAGGGAAGAAAGUAGAAAGAUUAGUUUCAGGCGUCUCUUCUCCUGUAGUGUCUGAAGAAAUUAAGAAAAAGCAUAAAGUUGCAAUAGCUGAAUACUUUUCCUGCAACAAAAGAAGACACAUUCUUUAUGGAUUAAGAUUUGUUGGUUGUGAGACUCUAAACUUGAUGAACGUAUCUCUACAAAUUUAUUUGAUUGAUCGAUUGCUGGGCGGAGAGUUCUCAACGUACGGUACACGGGUUCUUGAGUUUAUGCUGUUGGAUGAUGAAGAAAGAUUGGAUCCUAUGGUCACUGUUUUCCCUAAAGUUACAAAAUGUGUUUUUCACAACUUCGGUACUUCAGGAUCUAUUCAAAGAUUUGAUGGUUUAUGUGUUUUACCCAUCAACACAAUUAACGACAAAAUAUACAUAGCACUCUGGUUUUGGCUUCUUAAUCUUCUAAUUUGCUCCACAAUAUUCAUGGUAUACAGACUAGUGACGAUGAUAAGCCCACGAGCUCGGCUUGCCCUGAUGAAGGCAACAGCUCCUAGUUUAAACAGAAAAACCAGCUUGUUUGUGAAAACUCAGAUUGGGUUUGGAGAUUGGCUGAUUCUUGGUAUGAUGUCAAACCAUCUAGAUAUUAAGUUGUUUACGGACAUCUUAAAAGAAAUCCAGCGGAUUGGAAUGCUAAGCCAACGGAGUGUUUCAACGCAUAUUGAUCUUUUACAGGGUUCUGAUACUGAGAUAGAGAAUGAAGAUGAGUGUAAGGAGAAGGAUGGUAGCAGGGUGUCUGAGGUGUCUACAGUUACAAUGAUUAGAAAGAACCAGACUCAGACUGAUCUUCAUGGCCUAGAUAAAGCAAUUGUUCAAGAGAUGAUUGCAGAUGGGUAUGAUCCUUCCCAGAUGUCUGAUUGGCAACAAUUCAGAAACCAUAGAAUUGGGGACAAUGAGAUGGCCACGAAUCACAAGGAUAGAGGGAUCUAUGGAUGGUGA